GGGCGGCGGAGUUUCCCGCUGGCUCGCCCGGGGUCGGCGGCAGGUGAGAAGUCCGGCGGGCGGGACCCGCCUCCUCCGGGCUCCACCUGCGCCAGAGCGGAGGCUGCCCAGCAGUCGCGGCCAGAGAGCGCGCCGAGGUUUGCAAGAAGAUGGUGAGGCUCCACAGGUCAGCCAGAGCCUUGGAGAGCUUGUGCCUUUGACGGAGGAGAGACCGCUCUCUGCGCCAUGGCCCACCUGACGCGGCUGCUCCGGCGGCACUACGGCCCACUGAAGCUGGCUUUGGUGGCUGUCGUCUUUGUCAUCUUCCUCUUCAUCAUGCAGAGAGAUGUGAGCAGCGGGGAACAAAGGGAGGAGCCCUGGCUGAAGAACAUUGUGGACAGGAAGGAUCAGAUGAUCGACAUCAUGAUGGGGGCGGUCAACAAUAUCCGGGACUCCAUGCCCAAGCUGCAGAUCCGGGCUCCGGUUCAGCAGGAGGCCCUUGAGCAAGACAGCAAGUCCUGCCUGCCCGGCUACUACACGCCCGCAGAACUGAAGCCCUUCAUGGAGCGCCCUCCGCAGGACCCCAACAGCCCGGGGGCCGAUGGCAAAGCUUUCAAGAAGGACCAGUGGACGCAAGAAGAGACGAACGAGAAAGAGCGGGGCUACGAAAAGCACUGCUUCAACACCUACGCCAGUGACCGGAUUUCCCUCCAGAGGGCUCUAGGACCAGACACAAGGCCUCCUGAGUGCAUCGACCAAAAGUUCAAACGCUGCCCGCCCCUCCCGACCACCUCCGUUGUCAUCGUCUUCCAUAACGAGGCCUGGUCAACCUUGCUUCGCACUGUGUUCAGCGUCCUGUACUCCUCCCCAGCUAUAUUGCUAAAGGAAAUCAUUCUUGUGGACGAUGCCAGUACGGAUGACUACUUGAAAGACGAGUUGGACAGCUAUGUGAAGCAACUGCAGAUAGUGAAGGUCGUCCGGCAGCUGGAAAGGAAGGGCUUGAUCACUGCCCGGUUGCUGGGGGCCAGCGUUGCCACAGGAGACGUGCUCACCUUCCUAGAUGCUCACUGUGAAUGUUUCCAUGGCUGGUUGGAGCCACUCUUAUCGCGCAUUGCUGAGGAACCCACCGCUGUGGUCAGUCCAGAUAUCACCACCAUUGACUUGAACACUUUUGAGUUUUCCAAGCCAAUUCAGUAUGGGAAGCAGCACAGCCGGGGCAACUUUGACUGGAGCCUGACUUUUGGAUGGGAGUCCAUCCCUCAGCAUGAGAAGCAGAGAAGGAAAGAUGAGACUUAUCCCAUCAAGACUCCCACAUUUGCCGGCGGACUCUUUGCCAUUUCCAAGUCCUAUUUUGAGCACAUCGGCUCUUACGAUGAUCAGAUGGAAAUCUGGGGUGGGGAAAACGUGGAGAUGUCCUUUCGGGUUUGGCAGUGUGGGGGCCAGCUGGAGAUCAUCCCCUGCUCCGUGGUUGGCCAUGUGUUCCGUUCCAAGAGUCCCCACACCUUCCCCAAAGGAACUCAAGUCAUCUCCAGGAACCAGGUGCGUCUGGCGGAAGUCUGGAUGGACGACUACAAGGAGAUCUUCUACAGAAGGAACCAGCAGGCCUCCCAGAUGGCUAGAGAGAAAACAUAUGGAGACCUCGCUGAGAGGCUUGAGCUGAAGGAGCGGUUACAUUGCAAGAACUUCACCUGGUACCUACAAACCAUUUAUCCCGAGAUCUUCAUCCCAGACCUUACACCGGCGUUUUACGGAGCUAUUAGAAAUGAGGGCGCCAAACGCUGCCUGGAUGUUGGAGAGAACAACCAUGGAGGGAAGCCGCUCAUCAUGUACCCCUGCCAUGGGAUGGGAGGCAAUCAGUACUUUGAAUACACAUCCCAGCGAGACCUGCGGCACAACAUCGGCAAGCAGCUCUGCCUCCGUUCCAAGAUGGGACCCGUGGAACUGGGAGACUGUCACUAUACAGGGAAGCACUCCCGGGUGCCGGAAAAUGAAGAAUGGGAACUGACUAAUGAUCACCUCCUUAAAAAUGUGGCAUCUAACAAAUGUCUGUCUGCAAGGGGAGAGCAUCCUUCCAUGGCUUCCUGCAACUCUGCAGAUCCCCAUCAGCUUUGGUACUUCAGCUAAGCGAUCCUGGCCAAGACCACAUAGCCUGUUGCCAAGGUCCUCUGGUGAAAGUUUCUGUUCUCUUAACUCCACUACCAAGAAGACAGAGGACAAGUUCAGAGAAAGAAGGGAACCCAGUCAAAUAUGCUGCGCAAUCACACUUGACUUACAAAACACUUUUGUGCCUUUGUGGGAUGGGAUGGUCAAAGAGGACACAGCAAACCUUGGUGUAUCUUUAGUUCUUUUUAAUUAAGUAAAAUUCCAAGCUGGUGAGUUUGCCCUUUAGAGUACCAUAAGUAUUGUUAAUCAAAGCUCCAUAUUGUGAGACGGACAACAACGGUGGUUUUAUUUUGCAGUAGAUUUAAGGGGGGGGGGGC